UUGAACUUGUUGUUGAUGGUUUGAGCUUCAUCCAAGGUCGUAACAGACAUACAUCGGGUUCUUUCAGUAGUGUAGAAAGAGGUGGAUAUUUUUGUUGAAUACUCUGCAAGUUUAAGAUCGUAUCGAGACCGUUCGACCAACAGGGAACGUAGCGAGGAUGGAGACCUGGGAUGAAUGCUUCCAUGCCGCCGUGGAUGUGGCGAGAAAAGCAGGGGAGGAAAUCAAAGUUGCCUUCAGUAGUGAGAAAAGAAUUCAGACCAAAUCCAGUGCUACAGACCUGGUGACAGAGACUGACGUAAAGGUGGAGAACAUGAUCAUCUCCACACUGAAGGAAAAGUUUCCAACACACAGUUUCAUAGGUGAGGAGUCAGCCGCGGCAGGUGAGAAAGUAGAGUUGACUGACAACCCCACCUGGAUCAUUGACCCUGUGGACGGUACCACUAACUUUGUGCACGGGUUCCCGUUUGUGGCUGUGUCAAUAGCGUUGUCGGUAAACAAAAAGGUGGUGGUUGGUAUUGUUUACAACGCCAUUCUAGACUACAUGUUCACAGCACAGCUAGGGAAGGGUGCCUUCAUGAACGGAAAGCCUAUCCAUGUUUCUGGACAAGAAGAUAUCAAGAAGACCCUGCUUAUCGCAGAACUUGGGAAGAGCAGAGACGCAAAAGUGUUGGAUAUAAUCUUCGGAAAUCUGCGGGAGUUCUACAAUGAGGAAAAUAUAACUCAUGGGUGCAGAAUACUUGGUUGUGCCACUCUGGACAUGUGUCAGGUGGCCAGCGGUGCUGGAGACGCAUAUUACAUGUCUGGGAAGUACGGCAUUGGUGUGUGGGACAUGGCUGCAGGAGCGCUGAUAGUCACGGAGGCAGGGGGAGUAGUGAUGGACACCACAGGAGGACCGUUUGACAUGAUGUCCAGGCGUGUCCUGUGUGCGAGUAGCGAGAAACUGGCGAGGACGAUAGCGGAAGGGCUGACGCAGUUGGACUAACGCAUUCAGUAACUAGAAAGGCAACAUUUUUGCAAAAAUGCAGGAUGUUUUCCCUCUAGCAUUGUGUCAAGCUACUCGCAUACAAUAUUGUACCAUUAGGCUUCGCCAUUUGAAAGUAGUGUGUGUGGGUGAAAAAAAGACUUUGGGCUAUGAAUGGGGGCAUCUGAGUAGCUUGACGUGAUAGCCAGUGCUGGUAGACAGCCCAGGUAGCCAGGCCUGGUGGGCAGUCCAGUCUUUUCCGUAUUCCUUUUGUUUUGCAAGGGGGAGGAACGAAAAAGGACACUCCAGCAAAACAUAAUCAUAAGAUAGAAGUGUUCCUGGCAAAUCGCUUCAGUCAAAGCGUGAUGUUAUGUGUCGUACGUUAUACCUUGACGAACAAGAUACAAUUGUACUUUGACGUCUUGAGUAAAAUACAAGCGACCAGCGUUUUUUUUUCUAUUCUGUCUAGAGCUAAUUGAAGACGAAUAUCACUUUUUGAUUGUUUGCCCCAAAUAUUCUGUUAUAUGCAAUUCACUGUACACAAGGCUAUCAUACAACAUAUCGGAAUUUACCUCAAUAAACGUAAAGAUAGUAAAUUUACUUCCAUUAUGACACGUAACAACCCUUUCAUGGUAUACACCGGAAAAUAUAUUAAAGAAUGUCUGGGCGCUAGAAAUCAGUGUAAUGAUUGUAAAAGACCAUUUUCAUCCCAUAUUAUGCACCAUUGUAUAACCUUGAUCAGUCUUAUAUAACUGUAUUCAUGUAUCAGUAGAUGACGUGAUUUGUGCCUUGUACAUUGAAGCGCAAUAAAGUUACAAAGUACAAAAAAGUACAAAA